AUGUCCGGAAGAGGAAGAGGUGCCUACUUCAAGGCCAAGUAUGCAACCAGAGGAGGUCGUGGAGGCCAUGGUGCCGAAAAUCACUCCCAAUCGUCUUCUGCACACCCAUCCACAUCCACCUGGGCACAGUUGUCGCAAGUUCUAGAUUCACUUGAUGGACAACCAUAUGGUUCGUACAAACGUCUACAGAAUGCACGUUUUCAACACAGCUCGCCGGACUUUACGCUAUCAGUAAACCAUGUCCAGACAGAUGCAUAUGCGCCGCCUUCAAAAAUCAGCGUAUCUAUGGAUUGGAAAACUACUGGUUUACCUGACGAAUACGCGGAGUCCGACAUUCGUCAGAUCGCUUUGGCCGACUAUCUCUCCAGAGCUGCUGCUGCCUUCAUCCGCACCAAACACAUGGACCAGUCUGUAGGUUCCGGGAAGUCUGGCUGGUCAGGUCCUAAAGGCGGAGCCUUCGCCAUCAACGCUCCAGCACAAGAAGUCCUGCCUCGCACAAGCGCUCUCAUUUCGUCCAGCGGGAAAAAGAGCCUCGAGAUGCGCUUCACAGUCUCUUUGCCUGCUCGCGGCCGUACUAUCUUGGGUAGAGAAGCCAAGUCGAUCUUAUGUGUCAGCCUUCCAGAGUUGAUCAAGAACACUAUGCUUUACACGUCUCAUGUUCCUGAAAUGCUCGAGACUCAUAUUCGUUGUGUAGAGGACCAAGCGUACAUGCGAGCUCAACUUGAAGAUAAGGGCUUGGUUGCUUUCAUCGGCAAUGGCUCAAUUCUCCCAAGAGCUAGUGGAGCGUCCGCUCGCGGUAUGAGUGGUAAGCACGUCGUACCUUUCCAAUCGCCAGAUGAUCUUGAAGUCACAUUGAAACGCAAGCACGGUCACAAAGUACAUGGAAUGGGCAUACCAAAAGGUGUUACAUUACUCACUGGUGGUGGCUAUCAUGGCAAGUCAACUUUGCUCGAAGCUCUUCAACUUGGCAUCUAUAACUAUGUUCCUGGCGAUGGACGAGAGUUGGUCGUCACUAAUCCUGCUGCGGUGAAGAUCCGCGCCGACGACGGUCGCAGUGUUACAGGAACGAAUAUCAGUGCCUUCAUCAAGAACUUGCCAGGGAAGAGAGAGACAGAUGCCUUUACCACCGAUGAUGCAAGUGGUUCAACUUCUAUGGCAGCCAACAUCUCUGAAGCUCUUGAACUAGGAGCACAAGUCAUCAUGGUUGACGAAGACACAUCCGCUACCAACCUCCUCGUCAGAGAUGAGCGUAUGCAAAUGCUUAUCAAGAACGAGCCUAUAACUCCUCUCGUAUCGAAAGUCCGCGCUCUCUACGACCAGCACGGUGUCAGCACUAUCAUCGUGGUCGGAGGACUCGGUGACUGGUUAGAUAUCGCCGACAAUGUAAUCGGGAUGGACUCUUACGUUCCUCGACUGCUCACCCAAGAAGCAAAAGAACUAGCCAAGGAAAUGCCUAGAAACGUCGUGCAAGACAAGAAGUACGGCACGAUAUCCGGUAGAAAUGUCGGCUUCCCGGCAGCCAUUCUCCACGACAAAACUCCGUAUGCCAAGAGGAAGGACUUUAUCACCAUCUAUGCCGACCGAGCUUUGCAGGAUCCCUCGCAAAACGAGGCAGGAAUUGACAUAUCGAGUGUCGAGCAGCUGGUCGGAGUGGGUCAGACACGAACGAUUGCUCACUCUAUCCGCGCGCUUGCUCUUACAAAGGAUUCCGAAUCUUCUCUAAGAUCAUCGUUAUCAGGCAUCGAGGCUGAGAUUGCAUUGGAAAAAGCUAUCCCAGAAAAUCUGCCUGGAGGAGAUCUAGUCGCAGUCCGUCGCUUCGAGCUGGGCGCAGCCAUCAACCGUAUUCGAGGCUUAGAGUCACGAGCAGCAGCGAAGGAAGAGGCUCAGACGGGAGAAGGACCAAAGAAGAAGGCACGCAUGGACCUUUGA